ACAAUUCGUGCUUUCAAAUGACAUCUUUUGGGGCUACAAAUAUUAUAAGAGAUGGAUUUAUGCCGACCUUUAAGCGAAUUGAACCAGCGCUGUGCAAUCGCUACAAAUGUUAGAAGAGAAAUCUUGAGUGAACUGCAAAGAUUUUUCCAUCAGCACAAUGAAUUGGUCAAAUUAUUCAAGAAUGCACUGGAUCAGAUGCCCACCGAUGACCAUAAAAUCAUAAUACGUGCUGACAGAACACCACUCGGACAACAUGCCAGGCGAUUUAAUGCACCAACAAUCGUUGAAGUUGCAAUCGUAAUAGUUGGAGAACAAUUUCAUCAAAGAGAUAUUGUUUUGCAUCGUAGGAAUGAGCAACUAAAUCGUAUUUCUGAACUCCAUCGUUGUUAUGACGCAUUACAAUACCCGAUUUUGUUCUGGAGAGGAGAUGACGGGUAUCAUAUCAAUAUACCAAUGGUAAAUGCAAUAACUGGUCAGGAAACAACGCAAAAAGUUAGUGCAUUAUUAUUCGUAUCGAUUGAUGAUUCGUUAUCAAGAUGACAAUUACAUUUUAAGAUGCAAUAAACUUUUUCAUCAAUAUAUUGUGGACAUGUAUGCUAAAGUCGAGAGCGAACGAUUGAAUUUCCUCCGUCAUAAUCAAGCCAGAAUGAGAUCUGAAGAAUACGUACAUUUACGUGAUGCACUAUUGAAUGUUGUGGAUGUACAUGAAAUUGGACGUUUCACGAUAUUACUAUCGUCACAUAUCGGUAGCCCACGACAUAUGCACGAGUAUACCCAAGAUGCCAUGACUUAUGUUCGUCAAUACGGCAGUCCAGAUCUGUUCAUCACAUUUACUUGCAUCCCUAAAUGGACUGAAGUGUAUGAAUACUUAGUUAAUGGUCAAGUGCCAACAGAUCGACACGAUUUAACAGCUCGCAUAUUCUACCAAAAAUUGAAAAAAUUAAUGGAUUUCAUUGUCAAGCUUCGUGUGUUUGGAGAAGUGCGCUGCCAUAUGUAUCGAAUGGCAAAAAAGGGGAUUGCCGCACGCUCACAUUUUGAUAUGGUUGGUACGGAAGUUAACACCAGAUGUGAUCAAAUUCAACAGAAAUUACCAGGUGACAUAAUAUCAUACAAGUCAAUCGAUACUGCUACAACAGAAGAAGACGCAGUAAAUUAUCCUGUGAAAUUUCUAAAUUCUUUGGAGCUACCCGGUAUGCCACCACAUGUUUUAAAAUUGAAAGUGGGUUCCUCAAUCAAGAUAUUAAGAAAUAUCAAUGCACCAAAACUUUGCAAUGGAACAAGACUUUGUAUAAAAAAACCAGAGGGCCGGGGCUAAC